CUCCCCUUUCGUUACCUUUCUAUUCCAGUCUCAAAUUUUUUUUUGUUGCUAGAUUUCUAAACUCUAAGAUACUAAUUCUUUCCCCUUAACAUGGCUGCCACUGAAAGUCAAAUUGAAGAUACAAAAGAGACUGAGGAAUCUGCAGAUUCCGAUGAAUGGAAAGCUGAAAAGUACAGGAACAAAGUUAUUGAGCGAAUGAAUUCCCUAGCAGUAUUGCUGAAUUUACAGUCAAUGCUAUAUGUGUUGGGAUGCUACAUACUAUUGUAUUUCCCUCUAAUGCAUCAUCAAGAUAGUGCAUGAAAUCAUAAUUUUAACACUUGUCUGUUAGACCACUAACUAUAUUAAAUGGCCAGAUCAGGUAUGAACAGACAAGAUGAGAUUACCAAAUCUGAGUCACAGAUACCAAAAACUGCGGCACAACUUGAAGAAUUUGUAUUUUCCAAGGCAACUUCAAGGAAAAGUUAUUUGGAUUUGACUGCAAGUCUUCUCAUCUACAUCAAUGAUUUCAAUAAGAAAAAAGAAAAAAAGGAUUCAUCUGAUGGAGAUAACAAACAGGAGGAAGAGUUUACAGAGCAGAAAGAUUCCUGAUAGAGACAUUGGAACAAGAAGAUUUGUCUAUUGAUUUCUUUAAUGUCAGUCUUUUAAUACCACACAAUUUAUUAAAGUCAAUGAGUUAGUAGAUUUGCCAAAGAAAAUUUAUCUGUAAUGAAGAUUUCUUGAUUUUGAUAUUGACCUGUAAAUUAUAUAUAUAUAUACAUAUAUAUAAAUACAUAUAUAUUUGAUAUAGUUCAGCAUGUACACAUUCAUAUUUUACUUGCAAUUAUUACCCAACAAUAAUUUUAAAAAAUUGUAAAAUACUGUAUUGUAUUUUCAAAGAUUUUGCUGCAUUGCUUCUUUUGUUAUUGAUAACUUUUUGAAACAGUUUUUAAUAAAACAGCGUUGUCAAUUCUAUGUGUGGUAUAGGAAUUUUAGUUUUUUCUUAACAUAUGAAGCAUUUCUGUUCUAAAGCUUUGGUAUAAAUGAGUUUUCUAGUUAUUAGUUUUAUAAGAAAGUAUAUCCAUACCACAUUUUAUAAGCUAGUAUUAAAAGCUUACAAUGGAUGUGUUCUACAUUUUUUCAAAUUUCAAAUUAUUAUUUAAAUAUAAUAGUUUUUGUGGGGUUUUUUUAUUUGUAUUUCCCUUUGCUAAGGUUUCUCUGGUGAAUCUAAAACCUGGAGAAGUAAAUGUGUACAAAUGUCAAUUUUUGUCUUGUAAGACUGACACUGUUAGAGAAAGGUAUAAUGAUUUUAACUUUUCACUUUGUAACUGAGAUUAAGUUCUGAUACAUUUUUAUGGAGAUUUGUUUUUUUUAAAUGUGAUUAAAAGGUGAAAUAUAUUUAUUUAUAAAGCAUUAAUUAGUUUUCAUACAGUUGGUGAAGUACAUUACAGAUUUAAACCUUGAAAAGUCUAGAUUAUCAUUUUCGUCCAUACUUCCUAUAAGAAAAGUUCAUAUUCCCAUUGCAUUUUCUAUUAUAUUAGAAAAACUUUUUUUUUGUGUGGGUUUUUAACUGAGAUAAGGGGGGAAAAAUUCAAAUCAGAAAGAAGAAUUUUUUUAAAUUAUUACCUGUAAUAAAUAAUUACAAAGUUAAUUUUUGUAUUAUUUUAGAUUACACUAAUAAUAAGAUGUAUUCUACACUUGAACACAUCGAAAGAGAAAACUUUAGAUAAUGCUGCAAAUAUCUAAAGGGUACAUUUUUUCCCUUCCAUAUGACAUUAUUUGAAUAAAUUUAUAAUGCUG